AUGGGCCUGACCUCCCGAGAGCGCGGGCUUCGGCGCGGCGUCCCGUUGUCCGGGGUCUGGCCCAGGCCGCUGCGGCCGCAUCUGCUCCGGAGCGCCACCCCGCAGCGGACCCAGUUGAGCGGCAGGACCCUGGCCAGCGCUGCGACCCCCAACGUCAGGGAGCCCGAGGGCAGCAUCGAUGUCGAUGACAGGAUCCUCAGGGAGCCCCUCAAGCACUCUGACUUCUUCAAAGUCAAGGAGCUGUUUUCCGUGAGAAGCCUUUUCGAUGCCCGGGUGCACCUGGGGCACAAAGCAGGCUGUCGGCACAGGUUUAUGGAGCCGUACAUUUUCGGGAGCCGCCUGGACCAGGACAUCAUUGACCUGGAACAGACGGCCGUGCACCUGCAGCUGGCGUUGAACUUCACGGCCCACGUGGCCUACCGCAAGGGCAUCAUCCUGUUUGUGGGCCGGAACCGGCAGUUCUCACACCUGAUUGAGACCAUGGCCCGGGACUGCGGCGAAUACGCCCACACCCGCUACUUCAAGGGCGGCCUGCUGACCAACGCCCCGCUCCUCUUGGGCCCCAAUGUCCGCCUGCCAGACCUCAUCAUCUUCCUGCACACGCUCAACAACGUCUUCGAGCCCCACGUGGCCGUGAGAGACGCAGCCAAGAUGCAGAUCCCCACUGUGGGCAUCGUGGACACCAACUGCAACCCGUGCCUCAUCACCUACCCCGUGCCCGGCAAUGACGACUCGCCGCCGUCCGUCCGCCUCUUCUGCAGGCUUUUCCAGACCACCAUCACCAGGGCCAAGCAGAAGCGGAGGCAGAUGGAGGCUCUGUAUCGACUGCAGGGCCAGGAGGGGCCGGGGGCCCGGGGCCAGGGGCCAGCUGCCCUGCCUUCCCUGGCAGCGUAGGCUGGGCUGGACCUAGGUCACUCCCUGGCCCGUCCCUCAGCCAGGAGCCCCUUGCGUUCCCCAGCUGCGGUCCUUGGUGGGUUCCCGGCGCUCUCGGCCUUGACCGGCUCCCUGCUGCUAGCCACGGCUCCUGGCAGCUGCCCACGGGGCUCCACUCAAGACCUGUGGGGCCCAGCAGGUGCACAGGGGGCCCGUAGUCCGUCCGGAAAACACGCUUGUCGCUGAGUCUGGAAAAGCCUCGCUUACACUGUACGUUCAGUCCUUUGUGUCGGGGAGGCUCCCGCACGGAGUCGCCCCUCGUCCUCUACCGGACUGUGCCGAGGGCGGGCUGGGUCCCCCCUGCACGGUUUCUGGGGCUGUUCUGUAACGGGAGGCCGCAGGGCCAGUCACCUGGAGCCUCCCUUCUGGGUGGGGACGGGCCAGGCACAGCAGACGGCAGGAUCCCGACUGAAAUAAAGCUUACACUCGGAUGGGCGUGGCUUCGGG